ACUGGAGUCAUGCAUGCGUACAGAAAAAACAGAUAAGCUACAGCAUGAAAGGAUCUGAACAGGGGUAUAGGGAUCUGAAAGGAUCCAUUUUUUCGCAGACACAGACUUUCUGCCCAUAGGAAGGUGCAGGUCUACCUGAAGAUAGUGCAAGUUCCCACAGUCAAGUUCCGAAAAAUGUGUACUUCCAGAGCUGGAUGAAUUUAGGUCCCCAUACUAUUGUAUGGGAGCAACACAGCUGAACGGCACUGAGAGGCCUCUUUUGCUUUGAGUGUUACAACUGUAAUGAAGCUGUGGAAGAGGUGUGCACUCAGACUACAAACUGCAGUGAAACGAGUUCUUGCAGAGGAACUAUUGUCUCUUUGACAGCAGGUACUCGGACAGAGACCAGGAGACUGAAGGGUUGUGGAAUGAAUUCUUCAUCAUCUAUUAAUGAUACUUUUUAUGUCAGUACCACGCAAUUGAUUAUUGGAGCCCAUACAGUUGAAUGUAACUCAUCAAAGUGUAAUGCUAAUAUCUCUGACGUCAUCGCAAUACCUACCCAACCACCAGGCCUGAACAGCUCAGGAAAUGACCUGAUGUGUUACUCCUGCUUCAGCACCAAUGCAGCACAAUGCUCUGAGGAAGUAGCAGAAACGGUGAAAUGUCCAGAAAACUUUGAUACCUGUUAUGAAGCAAGUGGCAGUCUGAGUAUAGGCCUCCUCUGCUUGGAGUGUCACACCUGUAAUGAAGCUGUGGAAGAGGCGUGCACUGAGACUACAGGUUGCAGUAGUGGAAUGAGCAGCUGCACAGGAACUAUUGUCUAUAUGGCAGCAGGUACCCGGAAGGAGACCAGGAUACAGAAGGGUUGUGGAACAGGUGUUCCGUCGACUGUCAUUGCUAGUACUGAUGUCUAUGGAUUCCAUAUUCGAGGCCAAAAAUCUGAAUGUAGCACCUCAAAUUGCAAUGCUAAAAUCCCUGACUUCCUCAAAAUUCCAACUGAAACACCAGGACUGGACAGCUCAGGAAAUGACCUGAGGUGUUUCUCCUGCAUCAGCACCAAUGUAACGCAAUGCUCUGACGAAGUAGCGGAAAAGGUGAAAUGUCCAUUUGGCUUUAAUACCUGUUAUGAAGCGAAAGGCAGUCUGUCUAUCGGUGAUUUCCCCAUUACUUUGUUUGUAAAACAAUGUUCUCAAUUCACCAGCAGCUCCAUUAAAAUAAAUACAGGGUUGUACACACUCUCACUGGACGCCUUGCACUGCUCGGGAAAUCUUUGCAAUGGGAAUCUGAAGACUACAGUUCCUCCUACUACUGAUAUCUCCACUACAAUUCUUCCUUCUCCCACAACUGAUACUUCCAGUACGAUUCUUCCUUCUCCCACAACUGAUACCUUCAGUACAAUACUUUCUACUCCCAGUGAAAAUACAACCCGUGUCAUUACUACUCCCAGAGGAACAGCCAGGAGCCCUACAACAUCUAGUAGCCUUACAGUAACCAGCCCUUGGUAUCUGCUCCUGCUUACUCUGCUUCUUAUUGCCUCCUCACUGUAACUACAGAAACAAUCUCAUCAAUUUUCCAGAUCACUAUGGAUGGUAAAAAUGUGUUAAAAUAGUUAAUUAUCCUUAAUUCUUGAGAAUGUACUUGCCUUUGAAGGCUUUGAUACCUAGUAAAAUAAUAACAUAGUUUCUAAGGUUGAAAAAAGACAAUUUGUCCAUCAUGUUCAACCUGUUAGUGAUCUCCUACACUGUAAUAUUUUAAAGACUAAUUUUAACUGUGGUGAAUUUUAUUCAUUACUGUAUGUCUAUUCCUCUUUUUUUUUAUUACUAUAAUGCAUGAUCUACUCACCAUAGCCCUGUAUAUCCUUAUCCAUUAGGAAUUUAUCUAGCCCAUUCUUAAAAGUAAUGACGGAGUCCGUUACUAUUCUACCAGUCAGGGAAUUCCAGAUAAGUAUUGUCCUUAUACUGUGAAGAAACCUUUCCGUCUCUGGGGUAUAUUUACUAAGUUCCCGAUUUUGACCGAGAUGCCGUUUUUUCAUCAAAGUGUCAUCUCGGUAAUUUACUAAGCACUAAUCACGGCAGUGAUGAGGGCAUUCGUAAUUUUUUGCAAGUUCAGGUAAAAAAUUAAGAAUGAAUAUGAAUACACCAUCGGUCAAAACGCGGCUGUUUAAGUAUGAAUCUCGGUCAUUUACUAAGAAGUGCAAAGCAAAAAAAGAACAAACACUGC